UCAUGCCAUGCUAUUAUAAGACCCCUUCUUGCACAAAGCACAUGCAUAUCAAGUAGUAAUCUUCCCUGCACUUUUAGGGUUCCUGAAAAACUCCUCCCUCUUUCCCUAUUCUGUAGCAGAUUGUUCAAAGAUGGCUGGUGAGCAAUUGAAACCAGUUGCCGGGCUCCUUUUGAUCCUGAAUUUCUGCAUGUAUGUCAUAGUUCUGGGCCUUGGCGGGUGGGCAAUGAACAGAGCAAUUGAUCAUGGGUUCAUCAUCGGUUUGAGCAGUGCAGGACCUGGAUUUGAUCUUCCGGCACAUUUUUCACCCAUAUACUUCCCGAUGGGAAAUGCUGCGACUGGGUUCUUUGUCAUGUUUGCUUUGCUCGCCGGAGUUGUUGGUGCUGCAUCAACAAUAUCUGGAUUGAACCAUCUUCGUUCUUGGACUCUAGAAAGCUUGCCAUCUGCCGCUGCAACAGCUGCCAUUGCUUGGACUCUUACACUCCUCGCCAUGGGGUUUGCCUGCAAAGAGAUUGAGCUACGCAUCAGAAAUGCCCGUCUGAGAACGAUGGAGGCAUUCCUAAUCAUCCUUUCGGCGACGCAGCUUGCUUACAUUGCAGCCAUUCAUGCCGCUGCAUCAAGAAGAUGAACCUGAAAGUUGAUUAACAUGGUGUCUGUGUGACUUGUCUUCUUUUUCUUUUAUCUUUUUUCUUUUUUUUUGGUUCAUUUUUUACCCCUUAACCGUGUACAAAAACCUGGCCAAAGAUUUGGCAGGCUUUGGUGUGAAUGGUGUGAUUACAAUUUGAUUUGAUUUGAUUUGUAUAAACAAAUAAUAAGAGAUGGUUUGCUAAAAAAUUUGCUAUAUUUCUGUGUAUCA